GGAGAAAUUAGAUACUAAUCACUUAAGGUUCAAAGGGUUUAUUAACUGUCAAUUAAAUGCUAUUCAUGACAGGCUUAAUGAAAUUUCCACGGUGAGAACAAGGAGUAUAGAAUUCCAGAUAUCGGUUGAACGUAGACUGCAUGAACUCCCUUCUUUUCGGCGAAGACCGUCGCGCGAGUUAAAAAAAGAUUCUACGAAAAAAAAAAAUAAUGUUUCGUGCAACUCACUCCUGAGUCGGCGCGGUGCGCUAACAUCAAUUUUUUUUUUACCCGCUAAUUUUUAUAACUGGAGCGACGGACUUCGCCGAAAGGAUGGCCUGCUCGUUGUUGAGGUUGGAAGUUUAAGGUUGGAAGUUACUUCCAACUUAGCCGGGAAGUCAAAAGCGUGGAGUGGCAUUAACUUUAAUACAGGUAAUUUUCGAAGAUGAAAGUUGCUUCUUGUGAUUUCAUCCAAAGAUAAACAUACGUUAUAGUAUAUUUACAAUUUUUGUUUUCGUUUCAGUAUUAUCCUCUAUCCGGGUCACGAAAGUUUCUGCUUGACGUGAUGAUUCGUGACAGGAAGUCGACACAGCAAAAUCAUUCUUUUGUCUUAAAGUUUCGUGUCGAGUUACAGGGAUCUCGGCUGAGGCACGUAGUCACGAGAAGAAUACAGAAGCAAACCUCAGUCUUCUCUGCGACAGACUGGAACGAAACGAACACGCGAUUUAGGUGCGUUAUCUUUCAGCUGAGAUAAAAAAUUUGGCUUACAUCGCAUACGAAAGUGGAGGAACGGAUAUUACAAGACAGCAGAAAUGAUAUCAUCGCCAAGUGUUGUGCAUUGGAAGGGAAUUACUGACCGUUCCGAUCUGCCGAGCCACGUAGUGGUGCCAAUGAGGAAAAACAUUUGUGAAGCAGCCACAGGCCCAGAUGAAGGUGUUAAACGCAUUCUCCUUGAGACAGCAGAUAGCUGCGAGCAAAUAUGGGAAUUGAAUACAUCCAAGGAGCGCCAAAGAGCCUUUGGCGAAGGGAAGUCUCUGUAUCACCAUGAUUCAGUCUCAGGCGGCCUUUUGGGGGAUCCUGUGGCUGAUGUUUAUGCCGUGAUUGCAAGAGAAAACAGCUGCAUUCUUGCCUUAGCUGAUGGCGUGAGUUGGGGUGAAAAGUCAAGACUGGCUGCUCGUUGCGCGGUGGCAGGCUGUCUGCAGUAUCUAAAAACGCACCUUUGUACAGCGAAUACGACUCUUGAUAUUAUGGAGAUUCUCUAUAACUCGUUUAAAAGUGCGCAUGAAUUUAUCCUCAAAAGAGAUGGAUUGUUGACAACUCUUUGUGCAGCCGUUGUUUGUCAACUUAAAGACUCUGACAAAUGGGGUCUCUGUGUGUUAAAUGUUGGUGAUAGUCUUGCAUUCACCUAUAAUAAGGAAAGAGGCGUCCAAGAGGUUACUUUUGGUUCACACUGUGAUAUUGAAAGCAGAGACAUGCGUUGUCCUGGAGGAUCCUUGGGUCCCUGCGUUGGCAACAACCCAGACUUGCGUAAUCUCACUUUCUCGUUUACAACUCUUGACACCGGGGAUAUUGUGUUCCUUACAAGCGAUGGUGUUUCUGACAACUUUGAUCCUGUAAUUUCGCAGUGCGAGACUCCUUCUUUCGCGCACACCAAUAGCCUUGACUCAACGCUGGACGAACCGAGAGUGAGUGAAAGGACCACAAAUGCCUCCCCAGAUGAGAGCGGAAGUGAUUAUGACCUACCGCGGGCUCAGUUAUAUGACCUUGCUAUGGUGAAGAAUAUGACAGAGGUCAUCCAAAAAGAAAGUCCCAUAGACAUUUCAGCUGUAGCAGUCUGUACUAGUCUCCUUUUGCAUGUCUUGGGAUGCACUCAAAAAAAGCGCCAGCACAGAGAACAAAUUCAGGCCCGAGCGAAUCACAAUCCUAACGGAGGAGAAGACAGAAUUCAUCAAGGAAGCGAAAGAGAACCUUCGCGCCUUGACUGUGAACCACCAGGGAAGUUGGAUCACGCCGCGGUCGUCGCAUUCGAAGUUGGACUUUACCGAGGAAAUAGACGAGGAAGUGUCUUUGACUUUUUCGUCGGAAUCAAAGAUGGCACGAGAAGAGCGUCCUCUUGAAACUUGAUCGUCCGGGUCAGUGUA